ACUUUACAUCACAGGAUAGAAAGGGUUUGCAAGAGUCGGAACAGGGGGAAAAAAAGCCAUUUACCUUUCUCAUCCAGGCGAUAGAGCCUUCUCACAGACGGACUUCAGUUUCCUGUUGAAAGCGAAGCGGGAGGUCGACGCUUCCACACGGAAAAGAAAAGAAAAGAUUCCCGUCGCGUCCAUUUUUUUCUCUCUUUACGAUCUCCACUGACUCGUAUUGAUAAAAGAUGCAAAGUAAAACCAUGCAAAACAGCCUGCUUUAUUGUGCCUCUCGUGGCUAGGACAAUUAGGCUUACACGGGAAGAAAUGACAGGGUUUUAACUGGACUGAAAAAGGGAGCACAUCCUCGGCGUGUGGUGGAAGAGAGAGGGGGGAUUUUGUAAAGAUGUGAGAAUGCAUUAGAAUGCAAGAAAUGGUGUGAUGGCGAGAGGUACGGUUGGGAGAGACAGAUCUGCAUAUGGAAAUUAGGGUCUGCGUGUUUAAAAUUCUGCUAUAACUGCUGCAUUAUGUUGAAUUAGGCUGGGAGGAAGCCUCGCACACAGACAAGGAAGACUGACUUAUAAACCUACAUAAGUGUCCUAAACAGGUGUACUUGUGUCGUAACAAAUGGGUUGAAAAUGUAUGAAAUUCUGAUAUUUCGAAGUACUGUGGCCUAUAUUUCAAAUAAGCCCAUUGUUUUUGUGAUAGCGUGAUUAAGAGACAAGCAGGUGCAGUUUAUUACACACCGUUUUAUGAAAGAACGCUAUUUGUUGUGUAUGUACUACAUCAGAAGUACAUUUAUAUUUCAUUUAAAUAAUGCAGACUUUAAGGAAAAUAAAAACGUAGACCUUUACCUAAUCAUUAAAUGGAAAAGAAUUUGACUUCUUAGUUUUUCUCCUGUUUUAAGGAAAUUGGAAACUAAAUUCAGUCGCUCUAUAUUUAAGGACCUAGAAUUGUCAUGUCCUGGACCGGUGUGGCUCAAACGGAAAGCUAUCUAGUAUAUUUAAUGCUAUUUAAUAUAUUUAAUACUAAUAAUAGCUAAAGCAUAGGUUAUCUCGUUGAACGAACUGGCGAUAAAGGAAGUACUCAGCAGGGAAACCUCUUGUCAAGUUUCCGAGAAAGGGCAAGUCACACCCCUGUUGAAACUUCUGACCAAUCAGAAGACGCGAAGAGAUUUAACGCAUGCGUAUGAUCAAGGCGCGGGAGAGCCCGAAAACCAAAACAACAGUAAUGACGACUCGACAGUUUUUAUUCAUUAUUGCCUGAUUUAAAGUGGCAUUUCCACAAAAUAUAAAACUAAAGGAGAGUUUGAAGUCAAAGCAAAUAUUUCCUGCGUGUUUGUGUGAAUACCUGACACUGAUGGUCCACCAACAGGAUGGCUGAAGAGUUCAGCGAGUCCCUCACUCCACCAGUGUCCCCCUUUGCAGCAGACAGCCAGUGUGACCUGGCGGCCACUCGGCCGCCCUGCUUCAGCUGCUUUGAAGCUAAAGAUGAGCAGGCUGCAGCUCUGUCCCCUGAGGGAUACCUUGGACGGGGAUCCCUGAAACGGCUGCUGCUGCGUCUUGACCCGGCCCCUGCUGAAUUUGAGACGGACACGGUGGAGAUUUUCGGCUUCCCAUGGGUUACUGAAACGGCGCUGGUGGAGUCCACCAAAUUGCUCUUUGGCCUGUUUCGACAAACAUUUUACAAGUUGGAGACUUUGGUUCAGUCGAGUUCACAUGACUUUGGACAAGCAGGGAAUCUGCAUUAUGAAUCAGAGGACCUUCGGCAGCAGUGUGUUUCGUUUCUUCAGUAUGUUAAAGUCUUUUUACACAGGUACUUCGAGCCGUGUCUGGACGCAGCUCAGUCUCAUCCCUAUGAGCAGCUGGAGCAACAGUUCCCCACCGCUCUGCUGGAGGAACUGUUCGCCGUCACUCUCCUGACAGGACGACUCAAAGACCUGCCCGCAGGCGUACAGGCAGCUUUCAGUAUGCAAAACCACGGGAAGAUUAUUCCUCCCUCCUGGCAUUUGUUGCACCUUCAUCUUGACAUUCACUGGUCGGUCCUGGAAAUCCUGCAUGUGCUGGCUCACAAGAUGCAAGGCCAGGUGGUUUACGCCCACCGGUUUGUGAACCUGACGGGAGAGAACCUGACCGAUACGAGUCUGUUCGAGGAGCACCUGGCCUCCCUGCUGUGCGACCUGACGGCUCUGGCCUCGGGCAAAUACAGCAAGGUGAGACCUACGGAGACGCUGAGCAGCAGUCCCUUCCUCUGCCUCUGCACCAAAGAGCUCUGGGUGUUGCUCAUGUUCCUCCUGCAGUACAGAAAUAAAGCUCUGCGCACACAGUCGUUUUGGAGCUACGUGAACCCCUUGCUGAAACCUCUGGUAGAUGGGCAGCCUGCACCAGAGCACCUCGGUGGUCCUCUGACACACUGUAAAGACCCUCUGGGAUUCACAUGGUGGCUCUUCACCCACUUGGCCAUGUUGGGCCAGUACAGCCGCAACGGCACAAUGCAGAAUGAGAAGUGCUUGGAGGAUAACUGGACAUUUGUGGAGUGGUUGCUCAAGAAGACCUGUGACCCCAAGGGUGGGCUUGCAGAGGAGCAGAUCAGGAUGCAUGUGCACUGCUGCCUCAGUCUGUGUCUGCUGUGGGAGCCGAGCACAGCUGCUGUCUCCACCCUCUGGGAGUUCUACAGCAGGAACCUGAACUCCUCGUUCGCUGUGCCGUGGUUGGGGGUGUCGGGCCUGGGCACCGUCUGCAAGACGCCUCUGGCCUUGCUGGAGCAGGCGCGCAGCUGCUGCUGCCCCGGUGCCCCGCGCUCUCCGGGCCACGCCCAACUCUACAGAUCCGCCAGCUCCUUCCACAUCUUCCUCCGAGUGCUGGCCCUGUGCCUCGGCCAGGACAGGGCCGGCGGCGCCCCGCAGAGGCAGAUCAAGGGGAGGAUUUACUCCAAGUUUUCAAAAAAGAAGAUGCAGGAGCUGUCUGAAGGCGGCCUCAUGAACUUCCUGCUCCUCUUCCUGGUGGUGGCCAGGCAGGCGGAGCUGGAGGACGUGGCCAGCAGAGCCUGCGAGCUUCUGGGCUUCUUGCCCGCUAACUGCCCCCCCGCACAUCGAACACUGGUCUGGAGAGGGCAGCUGUCACUGCUGUUGCUUUUCCAGGAGAGAGGUCUGGAUGUUGGCGCUCAGGCCACCUGCCUGGCUUCCUCUUUCAACGAGACGGCCAAGGAGUUUUACAGUAAAACCACGGAGGCGUCCCGCAGGCUCGCCCUCUGGGGGCCCCUGGGUUCCUACCUGGAGGGCGUGGCCGAGGUGUUCGAGACAAGCGCCGGCCUCGGCCUGUCGGAGGAGAAGCUGCUCGGCGAGGGCUUCGAUUGGCUGCUGCCGGCAUGUCGUCAGUCUGAGUUGAACUCCGUCCUGGGUUUUCUGCAGAUCGUCCUGGCACAGCUCAGACGGGUCCAUCAGCGCAGCGUCCAGUCAGCGCCCAUCCCAGCCUGGGCUCUGGCUCCAGCCAGUGUGAUUAAGGAGCGCCACCUAGCGGUAGCUUCCGCUCUGUGGGUGCACUUUUUCCCCUUCCUGCGUAACUUACGCCUCUCCCAGACCCCGCCGGCACAGCUGGCAGAUGCUGCUGCAGGGUUCACCUUGCUCGCCUUUGACCUGCCCAGUUCUGCCCCUCAGGACCUGCAGCCCAACCCGGUUCAGACCAUCAUGCAGCUCUUCGGCUGGGACGACAUGGUCCACCCGCUCCUGGUGACGCGCUACCUUCCCCAUCUGCUCCAGAACAGUGAGCUGGUGUCGUCGCUAAGCGGCGCGGCCCCGGGUUCGGCUCAAGGCCUCUCAGUGAGGACCUGGAUCCGAUGCGUCCUGCAGCAACACCUUCACAAGAACCCGGACGGGACGGAAAGCAAAACGGCCCGGGCAGUGGGGCAGCAGCUGUGCGAACUGACCCGGCUCGUCCUGCGAUUGCCGGAGGUGGACGGCAUUCUGCAAAGAGCCGGACUUCCUUCCCCGGCUGCCAGGCUCGAGCCGACCGCAGCCCUGGAGACGUUUGUCAAGGCGGUAGGCAGUGUUUACAGCGGGCUGCAGCUGCUGUCGGAGCGGUCAGCCAUGGCGACCAGAGCACUGGACUACAUCGGUGACGUCCUGAAACACGUGAAGCCGUACAUAGUCAGCAAGCACCAGGAGGGGAUGCAGCUGGCGUACUGGGCUGUGGGCUGCGUAGUGAAGCAUUGGAGCCCCCUGCUGGCCACUUCUAAAGCCCAGCAGCUGCUGUUCCGGAUCGUGGACGGGCUGCUGCUGCCGCCCAAGCUCCCGCAGCAGGACAGAGCCCUGAGGGACAGCUUACCGCUUUAUCUGCAGGGUCUGUCGGUGGCGUCAGGCGUGUCUCAGUCGCAGGGUGCCGGCCUCAAGCAGCAGCUUCGCUCUGUAACCCGUAGAUACCUGGACCACUUCCUCCCCGCCUCGCCCUCUCUGGGCGUGGUCGCCAACCACCCGGUGCUGCUCGGUGCCUGUGAGGGCGCGCCGACCGCCAGGGGAGCGGCGCUGAGGAGGACCGUCCUGGAGGUGCUUUGCGAGAAUUUCCUGCAGUUCAAAAGCCACGCCCCCCUGCCUCGCCUCGCCUCCGUCCUCAUGUUCCUGUUGGAGCUGCUGAGGCGAAACACUGACACAGACGCCUCCCUCCUGACGCUGCCUCUUCCCGCUCUGCUGCGUUGUUUGAUGCUGGUCAGUGAGCCGACGGUGAGGAAGAUGAGCACGGAUGUGCUGCAGCUCGUGGUGGAGCGAUGCGUCGCUGCGUCCACAGAGACGCCAUGCGAGCCGAUGAUCGCCGCCUUACGGUCGUUCGUGGAGGAGAACGUGGGCGUCUACGACAGGCAGGUGUACGUCGUCCUGGAGACGGUCGCCGUCUUGGAUCCCGCUGCGGUUCGAGCGCUCAUCCCCGGCCUCACUCUCAGUCUGAGGAGCACCGAACACAAACGGGGCCUGGGCAAGAACAUCACACUGAGGAGUGCAUACAUGAAGCUGCUGUCCCUGCUUGGACAAAGUGGGCAGGAGGAAAUCAGCCGUCUGGAGAGCGACUAAGAGUUUUUCCUCUAACAGACUUUUUCAUCUGGGAGAAAUCAAACUUUCUUAAGUGUGUUUGUAGUUAACUGGACCAUCCACCACGUCACUGAAAUAACAAGAAAAUUGUCUUAAGAGGCACAAUAGGUGGAACUUGAACAUUUUCAGAAGUGUACAUAAUGCACAUAUUGUAAAAAAAAAAAAAGAAAAAAAAAAGGUCUGGCUUUCCAUUCUGACAUUUCCUACAUUUAAAGAGAAAUCCUCACCUCUGAUCUCUGAGUAGCAAAGAAUGCGAGCCGCCGGGAUCCGUCUCUGCCCUAAUUCGCAGAUAUCAUGACAGUCGUGGGCGAGCUCCAAAUAGUUCAGGACUUUGAAAAGAAAAAAGAAAAGAAAAGUGGAGAGGGAGAGAAUGGAGGGAACUGUUUGUUCCGAUCCUCUCAUUCUCGCCUUCUCUAAGUUGCAGCAAUCUCUUGCAAUCUGGAUUUGGCUCGCACCUAAUCACGUGAAGUCUCACUCUUGUCAUCCAUAAUCACCCAAGUCCCAUUUUCUGUCAUUGCUAGUCAUUUUUCAGCCUCAUCUCGACUGCGGAACGUCUCACCCGGUGGGGGUGGGUGGUGCAAGCUUUGUCCUGCGAUGGCAGCAGUAUGAGAGGAAAGCACAUGGAAUGUGAGAAUAUUUUAAUAUCUGCAUAAAAUUAUCUGUAACUCCAUAAAGAAUCACUAAGAACCAGC